AUGUCGCUUCAGCUGCAGAACGUCUGGCACCAUCGGCGUGUGGCGGAUGCGUCGGCCAAGCCAUGUUGGAUUUGCUAUAAGCCUUCUAGCAGCGUCUUGAUUACCCCAGACAAUAAGGACUUCUUCUACAUCUGUGUCGGCCAUUUGGCAGACCACAAGUUCUGUCAGCCCGACGCCGACGAAGCGGCCGCUGCUGCGGAGCGAAAAAAGAAAGCGGAACUGGACCGCGAGAUCGAGAAGGUCAAGAAGGAGUAUGAGGAGAAGCAGAAAUUGAAGCGUGAGAAGCGGAAGGAGAAAGAAAAGGAGAAGGGGAAAGACAAGGAAUCCGAGAAGAAGGACGAGGAAGAGGACAAGGCCGAAGAGAAAGCUAAAGACGCUAAGAUUGCGCAGCUUUCAAAAACUAAGGAUGAAGCGCAGACAGCUCAAGGGCCUCGAAUUUACUCUUUGAACAAGAGUUUCUACCAAAUGCGGCUCGACCGGAUUCGCAACGCAGAAAUCGCCAAACGCAACCGCGAAAAAAUGAGCGAUCCAAAUUACUUCCCAUCUGUACCCAGCAACGACCCAUCCUCAAGCGCCCGGCAAUGA